AACCCCACAACGUUACGAGCCCCUUCUCCUCUUGUCAAGAGAUUGCAAAUCGACAGAUUUGGGGGUGGUUGAAAAGGCAUUCCAAAUCGGUCGAUCUCCCUCCCCUUCUGCAUCUUUGAAAUCCGAACAAGAGGAAGGAGACAACCUCCCCUCACUCUCCCUCCCUUAUUAUCUUCCCCAUCCCCUCUCCUCCCUUAUUAUCUUCCCCAUCCCCUCUCCUCCCUUUCUGUCCUACACCUCCAAUCCAAACAGUAUGUAAGAAAAUCGAUUGGAAUCUCAUGGAGAACAAGAACCAAAUUAUAGUAGCAACUGUCGAUGAGAUGUGAAGGGAUCGGAAUUUGGUCAGUAUUCCAUCUUCUAAGUUGUAGCUUGAUGCUAGUUUCCUCGGAAUUCUACACAAGACAGUUAUAAAUUUCGAUUUAUACACAGGAGCUGGGGGAGGUUGGUUGCAAGAAUUUGGGUUCAGGACUUGUGAUUGUUGAUUGGUUUCAAUUUCAUUCGAUGAAAAAGAUUAAGGAAAUGCGGUAUACAACAUUCAUGGUCUUUUUAUCCUUUUAGAUUCUGAAAUACCCAUCAUCCAUGCUUGCUUCUUUUGCACCACCGAUCCUGUUUUUCCAACAUACUGUAACUUCACUAUCUUGGGCAUGUCCAUUUUAUUAAGCUCUACUCAUAAUUCUAUUUUUCUAGUGCAACAGUUAUGCUUCAAUGUAUGGAUAUACUUAUCUUGAAACCCACAAGCAGCAAUCCCUUAUGAAGGUGGAUGCGGAGCCAAAUCUGCCUAUAGUGCGGUGGCUGCUUUCAAUAAUGUCUACCAAGCAAUGGAUUCUUAUGAAGAUAAGCAGAAUUGAUGCAAUGAAAAGGGAAAUGGAGGGCAAGGCAGCAUGGGGGCAUAGAAGGCUCUAGCAGAAUUGAAGCAUCGGAUAAUGCUUAAGUUAAUGCUUUAGUUUAGCAAUUUAAUUUUCCCACUUAGAAAAUGAUAUUUUCUGUUUAAGCUCACUAAUUGAUUUUACUGUUCUUGUUUUGUGGUGUAUUGUACAUAAAGUUUGAACAAUGUAGUUGGUUUUUAAUAGUAAUAAUAUCUCUCUUUUUUG